AGGUAACCUUCAGCUUCUUCAAGGAAGUUCUUCAACAGCUUCAAGGAAAUCUGAACAAACUAUGGAUGUAUCUGGAAGGAGAGGAUUCUUUCCAUCCUCAUCUCUGAAUGCUGUCAUGUGGGAAUGACCUUAAAGGAAGAGCUGUGCUAUCCAAACUUGAGCUUUCCCCAUGGAUGAGUCAAACAUAACGUUUCAUCCCAGCGAAGGCACAGAGAACAUCUCAAUGCACAGAAACAUUUCUACACAGGAAAGGGUCUGGGAGAUAUUGACCCCACUUUGGGUAAUUAUGAUCAUCUCCUUCCUGGGUUUUUGUGAAAAUGGAAUUGUCCUCUGGUGCCUCUGCUUCCAGAUCAAAAGAAACCCAUUCACUGCGUACAUCACACACUUGUCCAUUGCUGAUAUCUCCUUACUGCUUUGUACAUUUAUUCUGUCAAUUGAGUACAUCGCUGGUUUUGGAUUUGCAUAUGGUUUUUACUAUUAUGUAACCACCACACUAUCAAUUGUCUUCCUUCUUGGCUAUAAUACUGGUCUCUAUCUCCUGACAGCCAUCAGUAUUGAGAGGUGUCUGUCUAUUGUUUACCCCAUCUGGUACCGAUGCCACCGGUCACAGCACCAAUCGGCAAUUGUGUGUGCAAUUCUGUGGACUCUGUCUUUUUUCAUGACAGUAGCUGAAUAUUUAACAUGCAAAGAUGAUUCAACCAAGGAACAAUUCAACGAUGGCAACCAUUGCCAAGCACUGCUCAUCUUCACAUGGAUCCUGACUUUCAUGAUCUUCAUUCCUCUAAUGAUUCUAUCCAGCCUGAUCCUGGUUAUCAGGAUUCACCGUAACUCCCUGAGACCUCAUUCGUCAAAGCUCUACAUCAUCAUUGUGGCCACAGUCAUUGUUUUCCUCAUCUUUGCCAUGCCUAUGAGGCUGUUGUAUCUUCUGAAUUACCACCACUGGUCAUCUUUGCUCAGUCAGCAGAACCACGUCACCAUUGUUCUCUCCACUGUUAACAGUAGCAUCAACCCCCUGGUUUACUUCUUUGUAGGAAGCAGCAAGAAGAAGAGGUUCAAGGAGAGCCUCAAAGUGGUCCUUAGCAGAGCACUCACUGAUGGGUUGCGGCCAAGAAGCCAGGAAGUUGGCAUGAGUUUGGAUAUAGCCGAAACAAUUUUCUAAAGCUUAGGGGGGAAACUCUAGGGGCAAAUAAUUGGACUAAAAACAUUUAAUAAACCACUGCAAAACUAAAGUAUUUUUCUUCCACAGAAUGUAAAAAGCAGUGGUGAAAUGGUAUUGUUAUCUUUGGUGGGUGAG